AUGGACAAAGAUUGCGACAUGGUUUAUAAGAAUGUUUCUGACAUAUAUAAAUCUGAAGAAUUUAAGACCUACGAUAACUUUGUUUCAUUAGUUGCUGAAUGUGUUUGGGAAAUAAGAGAUAAAGAUAGAAGAGGCAAAGUAUGGAACGAACAAAUAAGACCCGCUAUGUUUGAGAUGAAGAGAGCAAUUGACGCCUUAGUUGUUUUAGCAGGUCAAAUUUCAAUGUAUAACGCAAAAAUGAACCCGCAAUGUUCAAAAUGUAAAGCAGCAAUAAGAAAAUAUAACUACUCCGUCAAAGAGAUAGAAAGAAUGAGAAACGACUAUGCAGAUUUAAAGAAAGAAGUAGAAAAGCCAGCAGAAGAUAAAAUGGACAUGUUAGCAUUUCUGAACAAAAAUUAUCCAACUGCUGACGAUUUCCUUCUAUCUGACGUCAAGAAGAAAUAUAAAGAAACCUUCGGCAUUGUUAAAACAUUCGAUGUACUAAAAGAAGAAAUAGAAGCUACAAAACUGUUUAAAGUCAUGAACCAUCGCAACAUAUACCAUGUAAAACGCUUGUAA